CGUCGCACGCCGACUUCCCUCGCCCAACUUACGAGUUGCCAGUUGCGGCUUGCGGGACCACUUCCCCCCCGCCCUUCACCGCGUCGUACUUCAGUCUUCACUAAUGCAACUUUAGUUGUAACCGAGACGCUGCGUACGCUCCACGUUCGAAUCCACGGCACCCUUUUGUUCUGCUACACUUAAAUCGAUUGUGAAAACGAAAGUUUUGCAAAUAUUGACACUGCAGUGCCGAGGUCGACUAGUGCUCGCGUACACCGCGCGACGAUCCGCAACCAUCCCGCGGAGUUUCUUUGGUGAUUUAUGAAAAAACGUGAAGGAAUAACGGACCGCGCGGCAUUUCGGCAUGCCUGUGUGUGACUCAUUCAGUGCAAUGUGAACGAGAAAUGAUGGACGUGAGUGAAACAAAACGGCGUGGAGGAUUCCUCUCCGCGAUAAAAGGAAGUUUCCGUCUCAAAAAAGUCAAUACACAGCUAGAAAACAAAUCUAUUGAGUUGGACAUGCCUACGGGUCUCAACUCGUCCACCGACGCAUCAGCAAUGCGGCCACUAGAGAUCGUGGCUCCCCGGAUAGACACUUACCGCUUCUCGAUGGCAAACCUAGAAGAGACACAGGACGCUGAUCUGGACGCUAUAUUAGGGGAGCUGUGCGCUCUGGACUCGGAGUACGAUGAGGAACUAUCCAGAGUUUCCACAGAUUUCUCGACGACAUCAAAAGAGCGGGCUGAGGGGGAGGGUCCGCAGCGCCAAGACAACAAAGAGGAUGGCGCUUCCAGCAUCGCUCGCACCGACUCGCCAGAUAACGACUCCGCUUUCAGUGACACUGUAUCGAUGUUAUCCAGUGAAUCGUCAGCCUCUAGCAGUGCCAGCUCUAAAUGCAAACAAAUGAAGCUAACCAUCCACCCCAAUCAGAAGGACACACUUUACCAACAGAAGGCCGAUAAAAUCAAGUUGGCAUUGGAGAGAAUGCGAGAAGCCAACGUCAAGAAGCUAUUCAUCAAGGCCUUCUCCACGGACGGCUCUUCCAAGAGUCUGCUGGUGGAUGAGAAGAUGUCCUGUGGCUACGUCACCAGACUGCUCGCUGACAAGAAUCACGUCACUAUGGAGCCGAAGUGGGCGAUCGUGGAGCAUUUACCCGAUUUACACAUGGAGCGUGUAUACGAAGAUCACGAGAUGCUGGUGGACAACCUGAUGCUAUGGACACGUGAGUCCAAGAACAAGAUUCUCUUCACGGAGAGGCCGGAAAAGAACUCCCUCUUCCAGACCCCAGAGAAGUUCCUUCUUAGCGAGGAUGAUAGAGGCUGGUCGUCAGACGACGAGCACCUGCGGCAAGUGAUCAUCGAGGAAUUCUUCAACGCGAGCACCUCCACGCCAUCCGUCUCCGGCCACCUGGUACCUCCCAUGGAGGGCUUCCUCUACCUGAAGAGUGAUGCCAAGAAGGGUUGGAAAAAGUACUACUUCGUGCUGCGACCUUCUGGUCUCUACUACGUGCCCAAGGACAAAGUGAAAACCCUCAAGGAGCUGGUCUGCUUAUGCACCUUCGACACCAACGAGGUGUACACCGGCAUCAACUGGAGGAAGAAGUACAAGUCCCCAACCGACUUCUGCUUCGCAAUCAAACACCCUCGGCUGCAGCAGCCAAAGAGCGUCAAGUUCAUCAAGUUCCUUUGCGCUGAUGAUCAGCAGACCCUAGACAGGUGGAUCACGGCCAUGCGGAUAGCGAAGCAUGGCCGACAACUACUUGAGAACUAUCGCUCGCUGGUCGAGGAGCUCACACAAGAAGAUCUGGACCACUUGGCCCACGCGCGAUCAUGCUCUAUAACUUCAAUACCAACAAAGACCAGCAACCCGCCAGCGGCUACCAACCCCGCCCCACCCCCUUCCAGCAACGUCAGUGUUGCUAACUCCGACACCAGCAGCGGAAGACACUCCCGCGCAUCGUCAUCUAGUUCGAGCGGGUGUCUGUCAGAUGGCGGCACUGCGUCGGAGAGCGCAUUCGACUGCGAGUUUCCUAUGGGCACGAUAAAACGCAAGCCUUCCAUGAAGCCCAACAUACCUCUCACGUGGAUGACUCGGCAGCUGAAGGAAAUGGCAGAGAAGGAUGACCCCGAGCCGAACGACUGCGGUACGCUCACGAGACGACCGCGGAACGACAACGCGAAACGACAUGCCGAAUCCCAAGAAGGGUCAGUAUACAGCACCGGCAGCGUGAAGUCCGCGAGCCCGGUACGCGAGUCUCCUUCCUAUGGCCACUACGACACGCUCACACAAGACACUUAUCGAAGCAGCGUCGACACCGCGUCCUCUCUGUAUGGAUACACCAUUUACGAUAAAGCACAAGAGCCUGUCGAAGAUCUGCCCCUCCCACCGCCACCGGAAACUGACACAACGGACGCCAUGUUCAGCUCCAGACUCAGUUUAGACUCUCUGCCGCCCCCACCGCCCCCUAUCGAACCCAUCGAAGACGUCAGCUGGUCUCAACUCAGCCUGCCUCCUCCACCACCAGAACACACCAUAGAAUCCAGCCCAGGUAGAGUCCAAGAUAUCGUCAGCCACCUCACGGCUCAGCAAAUAGAACAGACUGCUCGCGCGGGCCAAAGGACCUUGACUAGAACAGAGCAGAGCAAGACCUUCCCGCGACAACCCUCCUUGGACAGCGUCAACUCUGAAGCGUCCAAAACUUCAUCAUUACACUCUGAUAAAAGCAUCUACGGUCAGAAUGUGGCUUAUGGAGCGUGUCUAGUAGAGCUUCAAACGAAGAAACUGAGCAAUGGCAGCCCUUCCAUUCAGAAGAAACCCAUGGAGCCGGGCAAGGAGCGCACCAGCUCCAUGAAGAAAGUCAACUUCGCAGAUGACCUUCCCACGUGCUCUGACAAAAAGAACAAAAAGAUCACCUUCAAUCUAACAGACGCUCCGCCGUCUCCGCGCAAGCCGCUGCCGCCGAAACGGAACGAAAGUACCAGGCUCACGUCCCCCAAGAAAUUGGCGGACUCCAACAGUAACCCACCCAAAGACUUCCUGAAAGAUCUCCAGCGGGUGAUGCGCAAAAAGUGGCAGGUCGCGCAGAAGUGCAAGCUGGAGCCGACGACGACGCCGCACGAGGUGCUCGGCUUCAGGGAGUAUCCGCUCUCCGAGGACUACAAGGAGACGAGCGUGUCGAUGUGGGUGCAGGAGCACUACGGCGCGGGGAACGGGACCGAGGAUCCUUUCUACGAGAACGUGUUUGGGAGAGACAGUGCGCCGCGGCGGGAGGAGCCCAAGCCAAUAAAGAAGCGGCCCCCGCCCGCGCCGCCCAAGCGCAGCGACUCCACGCACCUCACGACCCAGCCGGCCGCGCUCGCCCCACACCCGGCGCUCGCCCCACACCCAUCGCUCGCCCCACACCUCGCGCUCGCCCCGCACCCCGCGCUCGCCCCGCACUCCGCGCACCCCCCGAGCGCGCCCCCACACCAGAUCCAACCGACCGCUUGAAAUUACCUCAACUUUUCGCUCGCUUGUUGCUGGAAGCGCAACCGCGACAUCACUGACUUUUAGUGCGCGGCGUAGUGAGCGGAAAAGUGACUGUGUAGUGUAGUGUAGUGUAGUGUACUGCUCUCUGAUUACACGCAUGAUCAUUCAAUUUGAGAGUGGAUACGGUGUACAGUCGACUACAAUGCUGUUCGGUUUUGUAGGAGCUGACGGUGGCAACUUUUAAGAAUUGUUUUGAGCUAUGUAAAACUAUUUAAACUAUACUUUGAUCGAUGACACGAAAUUGAUAUUAAAGAAUACACAAUUCAAUCGGUUGACAUGAGGUAACUGCUAUUUAAACUGGUGAUUUUCAUCAAUAAUGGCUUAGUGAAUUGAUCAGGGUAUAGUGCUGCUUGCAGCUGACUGUACAGGAGGAAGGGAGCGACCAAUGGUAAGAGAUUGUUAGGAUAUUGGAUAAAUUGAAUGACGGUGCUAUUGUGAAAAGUAUACUAAUGUAGGUGAAUUGUCUCGUAACCCACGUUUACCAAAUAUACACGUAAUCGCUUGUAACGCUUCUCUGUACAGGUUACGAGUACGUUCGAGUUAUAUUUAUUGGAGUUCAAAUUUCAACUGUUAUGUUCCUAGUAGAAAUUUCUCCGCCAAAGAGGUUCGCAUACAGUUCUAAAUAGUUGAUCUGUGUACGCAUAUGCUAUUGACGUUGUAUAGAGCGUAAUCAUGGUCGUGUUUUCGCGGCAAUUUUAACUUUUUUAUAGCAUAGGUUGCGCUACAGAUAAUAAAUCCCGUGCCGGCCACGAGAAUAUUUAAAAUUUUGGAAUUAUUGUUUUGUACGGAACUCCAAUGCGCUGAUCUCACUCCGGUUUUUGUUUUGGGCUGUGACGCAUCCAUUUUCAAUGUUGGGCGGCAAAAAUAAAAUAAAUUUUUGAUCACGCAUAUAUUAUUAUGGUGCAAUAUUACUUUACGUCAAUAAAUAGUCCUAAUUUACAAGCAAUGAGACUUUCAAAUUAACUCUACAGACUACAUUUACCAUGAAGCACAGAGCAUGGCACAGAUAACAAAUUGAAAGUAGGGACCCAUUGUACCGCCAAAAGUUAUCGAGCUGACGUGAAGACUUCAAAACAAAUAGUAAGGCUGUUUAGUUAGAGUAAGUGACCUGACUAGUUUUAACUUUAUUCAAAUAUCCGUAUGAAUUUCGUUGUACACCUUUAUUUCGUAGAAGUGAGGCUUUGUAGAAAAUUAUUCGAUAAACGUAUACUAAAAUAUACAUAAAUACAAAUUUUGCAACUCGUAGAUGAAAUUUUAUGGGAAAUGUUUAUUAUUUAAACGGAAUUUCGUGUCUAUUAACGAGUUUCAUUUGCAAAUAGUACACGUAGUUUAUAUAUCAGUGUCGUAGGAGUAUGUAAUCGUUUAGAUAAAAUUUAGUCGUUUUAGGUAAAUGUUUUAUUCGGGUCGACUUCGCGUGACUGUGCCCUCAGACGUUUCACUCAAUCUGCUUUUCCUUCGAGCAUUCCAUUCCUUAACUGUGUGACUGAAUAUAAAAACGAAUAAUUUUAUAUACUUUUUUAUUAGUUACGUAUCUACUAAAUGUUUGAUUUGAGUGCACGAGUGGCCCCGUUUGUUUUUCGGUAGUUUUAAAAUGAACCAUCCGGUUAUUAUUUGGGACGGAAGACUGAAUGAAGAAUGUUCCGAUAAUUGACAAUAAAAUUGCGUCCAAAUUCCUCAAUCGUAUGUAGCGGUUUCGAUAAUGACUUAAGAUGAAGGCCAUCCACUUUUUGAAAUUUAUUUUUUAAUUUAAGGACUUUUUAUAUGCAACUUAGCCCCUUACUUAUGAAUACUAGCCUACUUUUACAAUCUAUACUAAUCACUAUUUUGUUUCUUUCCAACUUAUAUCGAACAACUUGAUCAUGAAAGAGACAGAACACUGAUUUUAUUAGUUAAAUUAUUUUUUCAAGGGGGCAAUUAUGCCUAUAAUUGUUUUUUUUUUCCAAUUUGCAUCAAGUGCAUUUACAAAUCUACUUGUAUUGGCACUGAUGAAUUACGUAUUUUUUUUGUAUUCACUUUCUGAAUUUUUAUUAUAGUAACAUCAAAUCGUAUCCCAAGAGGUUCCUACACGGACUUACUUCAACCAAACCACUUCUAUAGACAAACUUGAAAGCCUAAUUUAUUGUAUAAAUACCACGCUAUAUAAUAUUGUCUACUCUUGCAGCUUAGCCAUGAGGAAUUGAUUGAAUAAAAAAGCAUAAGUAAACAGGCUCUAAUGAGUCUACUUGGUAAUUUUGGAUGACAUGCUUAACUGGCAUUCGGAAUUUCAUGUAGACCACUUGGUGGAUUUUCAAACAUAUUGCUCAAACAUGAACAUCCGUGUAGGUAUGGCAGUUCCCACCUUGAGUGUGUGUGCAUGACUUCGCCUGUAACAUUAAUACGAUACUUAGUGUUAGGGUUGUAUUUUUGUGAUUCAGGUUUAUGUCCCUAUAUGAGUUACGUUAAAACCCGUUUUUUAAAACAAAGGCAUUUACUUACAACUAGCUGUAACUAGAGAAAACGCAUUCGCAAAACGGGUUUUAGCUGUAACAUGUUAUACAUAGAAUAAGUUGGAUAUCGGGCAGAUCGUCAACUAGGCCCCGGGCAACAGCUAUACACUUCUGGUGUGUGGCCGCUCCUAGUUGACGGACUGCACCGACGUCGCACUUUAACAUUAUAACGUACGUUGCUUGCAAUUUGGUUGCGAACUGUGUCUAUAUUAUAAUCAUAAUUACAAUUACGACUAAAUGUGAUGCACUUAACCUGUACCGUCGAUACAAAUUCGAUGUCACUUUGGUACUCGGGUUUGUUUUGAUGCAAAAUGGGCAAUUAAUAUAUGUACGUAGUGUCCAGUUGUUAGUAUCUGUGUCCAGUCCCAAGGGACUUUAAAGUAAGCUAUGAUCGUUUACUUGUAUAUAAACCGAUAAAUUCAUAUCUCCAAUUUACGGGUUCCAUUUAUUUUCCAAUUUUGGCAUCUAGUAUACACACGAAGCAAGCUACGAGUGACGAUAUUUUAUUGUUUUAUUUAAAACGAUAUUCGCGUCGGACAUGCGCAAGCGCAAGUCACAAUUUUCAAAAAUAUGUAUGAAUUUAGUAUUACCGAUGUGGUAAAUCGUGCAGAGCACGUGAACUAGUACGUAUUUAAUAAUUGUUAUUAAAUGGGUAUGACAUGAGUUUGAAGCCGAACGGAGGAUUCAAAUGCAAGGCAGUUAUUACCGCCUUAUUAUAUUUAAUAUGUAAAUAUUUUAUUUUAUUUUUUACAAUUUCGUUGAUAUGUACUUGAGUUUGCUCCGUGUGUCCUUUUACCGCGUUAAUAUUGUUUAAUAAUCGCGUAACGCAUUUAUUAGUAUGUUUAAUUAUGUUAAAUUGUACAGAACAAAUUAAUAUUAAUAUUCUUUGUAUAUUUUUUCAAAUAUAACGAAAUUCCGAUUA